AUGCUUCACGGGAUGAAGCUUCCUGUGUCCAUAUCUUGGGCUCUUGGCAAAGAGCCCAUCACAUCAUUAUUUUAUAAUCGUCUCCGGGCCCAACAUUCAGAGGUGAGGUCACACCGCAUGCUGCGUUUCCAGGAUCUGAUGGCUCCAACAUCCGCGAUGAUUGACAUUGUGGCACACUAUGGCCACGCCAUGCCUCGGUCGCUGAUUGGACAUGUGGGUGGCUUGCAAGAGUUCCCUUCAUUUGCUGUUCCCGCUUUUUGGUGGGUCCUAGCUGAGAAUUGA